AUGGCCAGUACCGUGGGGGUGCACCCUCAUCUAUCGCCCAACAUGCCAUUUAUUGUCUCAUGCAGUACUGAAAAAGUCGACCAAGCCACCCGCAAGUUAAUCAGGAGCCACGUUAUGCGCGGUAAGAAGACGAAAAAAGUCAAGAGACUGGCUAUCGCCUCGAGUCUUUCACCGGCUUCUUCGGCCGAGCCCGACAAGAUCCAGGUCAAUAUUCACGAUGUCAUCAGCAUGUAUUCGGUACUGCAACCCCCCGUUUGCUUAUUCCUUUAUCCAUGUUUUGUGAAUUUCCCAGAUGAGAUUGAGCCCAGAGUCCUUUGGGAAAUGCAACAAGUCUCUAGCGUUGCCAUGAGGAUCAUAUUUCCACUGCUGAUGGACUUGGGCUACCACCCCAAAGGUCAAUCAUGGUUCUUUCCCACGGGCAAUGACGCCGCAGCUUGGCAUAUAAAUGCUUUCGCUAUACAAAGCUUUAUUGAUAGAGUCCUCCACGGCCGACCCCAGCACAAGGUCAACUCAGUGGCGACGCGUCACUACUUGAAGGGUCUUGAUAUCCUACGCCAGAGGCUGGCAGGCAAUGAUGAUAAGGCAAAGGUUUCUGAUGCUACUAUCAGUGUAGUCUUGAAAUUGGCUAGCGCAGCAGGGUUUGACGGGGAUACUGCGACUGCUAAACGACACAUGCAAGGCCUUCGCAAGAUGACCGAUAUGCGCGGGGGUUUGGCUGCCAUGAGUCACAAUCCAAAACUCUUGGUAGAGAUCUGGAGAUGUGAUCUAAGCAUUGCGUUGCUCGCUUGCUCAGAUCCAGUGUUCUACUGUACACCCCACGAACCGGUGCCUGAUUACCCGCCCGAGGUGUUUCCGGACUUUGGUGUUGGCCAUGGCGGCGGCGCAUAUCUCCAGGAGGAUCAAAGAGUCAUUCAUUUCCUUCACAAAAGUACAGCACAAGUCUGGUUGGCCAUGAGAAAGUUUUGUCUACUGGCCAAUCUGGGAACACAGACACGGAUGCGCCUGUCGCCUAUAGCGAUCUAUGGCACAAUGAGAGCAGUCAUGUAUCGCCUUCUCCGAAUGAAAUAUGAGGCAGGGACGCUCGACGAGUCAUUGAGGCUUGGUUUACUGGCUUUUACUCAUCAUGUUUUCUUGCAGUGGCAGGACAUGAAAAUGCCUCCACACCACCCCUUUUCCGGGAUAUACCGCCAUUAUCUGCAAGACUAUGCCCUCAAAGAUACAAUGCCACCGCAUCUCUCCCUGUGGCUUCUGAUGAUUGGAGAGGUUUCAAGCUUUAGCCUUUCGGGUGAAUGGCCAUUGCGUGAUCAUUUGCAAACACAGAUCGAGAAGAAUGGAAUAAGAUCAUGGAAUGAUAUGGUUUACGUUUUGAAAUCUUCCCUUUGGAUAUCCAUAUUGGACGACAGAUCCGGAAAUAUUAUCUAUGACACGAUUUCCGAGAAAUUUAGGCAUCCUAAUGAAAAGGUUUAG